UUUUUUUUUUUUUUUUCUAACAAACUCAUACCGCAGUGGCUCGGCUGUUGCACUGAGAAAACAGCUGUAUUUCUAGAAGAUAACUUCGGGAACAUAAGAAAAAAAACCCCAUCCCAUCGCACUGCUGACUAGAGGGAUGUAUGUAGUGGGUAGCUUGGAUCUGGACAAAACUCAGCAGUUGUAUGAAGUUACCACAAGGCCAAGCAUCUUAAAUUUCGGUGGGCAACUACGUUGUUCAUUACGUAUUUUUUUGCAAAUCGUCUUCCAAACCCUUCGUCUCCUUUUGGGCUGUCGUUUUAACUUUUCCACUCUAUGAAAAUGGCCAUUACCUAUCAACACCAGCGAACCACUUGCGGGGGGCGAGGAGGAAGAAAACUUCACUUCCACUUUUCCUAAGGGGAAAUCAGCGAUUUCACCCGUGGGCCGGCGUGCCUUGUUGUUGCCUUGUGAAAGAGGUACAAAAUGGCUUACAGCGUGACUCUGAAUGGACCUGGACCAUGGGGUUUUCGACUGCAAGGGGGCAAGGACUUCAACAUGCCCUUGACCAUCUCCAGAAUCACCCCUGGCAGCAAGGCAGCACAGUCACAGAUGAACCAAGGGGACCUUGUGGUAGCCAUUGAUGGAGUCAACACUGACAGCAUGACCCACUUAGAGGCCCAGAACAAGAUCAAGUCAGCCAGCCACAACUUGAGCCUCACUCUUCAGAAAUCUAAACGUCCAGUGCCAGUUUCAACCACAGCACCCAGAAUUGACUCUCCCAGGGCUGUAAUUCCCCACCAGAAGGAACCUGCUUGGGAAAUCAAUGGCAACAGAACAACCUUCAGUCCUCUAACUAACACGGCGACUGGGCCUAUGGGUAGUAUUUUAGCAACCAAUGGAACGUUUUCAGGCUACCUCAACAAGCAAGAGAUCAGCUUUUCAAAUAGCUCUUCCUACUUAAAGACUACCACAGUUAGAUCUUCCAUGUCCUCUCAGUCUGUGACUCCUGACAUUUCACCUGCAAAGAGUAACCUAGGUUCAAAACUAAGCCCCGUACUGACCGAUGGCAAUAGUCCGAGCCACCAGCUGAGCCCCGCAAGGCAGUAUAACAACCCUAUUGGCCUUUACUCGGCAGAGACUCUAAGGGAAAUGGCUGAGAUGCAUAAAUUAAGUCUCAACCGAAGGGCUUCGGAAGGUGGACUUCCUAGAGGUACCCUUCCUAUUAAAGAUCCGCACGUAGACAGUGCCUCUCCGGUGUAUCAGGCUGUGCUUAAAACUCAGAACAAGCCUGAAGAUGAAACUGAAGACUGGAGUCGCCGUUCUGCCAAUCUACAGUCUAAGUCUUUCCGCAUCCUUGCGCAGAUGACUGGAACUGAGUACAUGCAAGAUCCAGAUGAAGAAGCCCUGAGGAGAUCAAGAGACAAGGAAAAUGUUGCUGCAGCAUCAGAAAACAGUACCCCUGUCGAGCAUGCUCCGGUGUCUACCAGCUCUGCCUCUGCUCCUGCACCACAUGCUUCAGCACAUCAGCCUGCUACUGCUGCUCAAAAUACAGCCAGUCUGAUGACACCACCAGCAACCACCUCAGUAGUGCAAGAGUCUUUCUCAUCCUCCUUCCAAAGAGUGCUUGCAGCCCCCAGCUCUCUUUCACAGACUAAGCCUUUCCAUGGGUCCAAGAACAUGUCAUUAGCAGCUUCCACUAUUUCAUCUGCUAUCUCGUCUCAGUCUAGUUUCAACCGGCAUUCUUCCACCUCCAUCAACUACCAGUCAAAGAAGAGAAACACAAGCCAGUCAUAUACACCAAUGCCAGUUGCUGGAAGCUACAGUGAAAGUCCUGCUUCUUCUGCUACAUCAAAACUGAGAGUUGUUACUACUGCCAGCAUAAAGCCCUCUGUCUACCAGCCAGCACCAGCACCAGUUCAUUCCUACACCCCUGCCAACACUGAGCCUGCAAGUCGCCCUCCCUGGGUAACAGAUGACUCCUUUUCCCAGAAAUUUGCACCUGGAAAAACUACCACCACUGUCACAAAGCACAUCCUGCCAAAGGGUGCUCCACUACCAUCUCCUGCCUCAACUUCUGCUUACCCAUCUCCAGUUUCAACUUCUUCCCAGGCUCCUGCAAUAGCCCGGGGAACAGUUCAGAGGGCUGAGCGAUUUCCAGCCAGCAGCCGAACUCCUCUCUGUGGGCACUGUAACAGCAUAAUUCGGGGUCCUUUCCUAGUAGCCAUGGGUCGCUCUUGGCACCCAGAAGAAUUCAAUUGUGCUUACUGCAAGACAUCCUUGGCUGAUAUGUGCUUUGUGGAAGAGCAGAACAGUGUGUACUGUGAGCGCUGCUAUGAACAGUUCUUUGCACCAACCUGUGCCAGAUGCCACACUAAGAUCAUGGGGGAAGUGAUGCAUGCCCUAAGAAAGACUUGGCACACAAGUUGCUUUGUCUGUGCUGCUUGUAAGAUGCCGUUUGGGAAUAGCCUCUUUCACAUGGAAGAUGGGGAACCUUACUGUGAGAAAGAUUAUAUUGCUUUGUUCAGCACAAAAUGCCAUGGCUGUGAUUUUCCUGUUGAAGCUGGAGAUAAAUUCAUUGAAGCUCUUGGACACACUUGGCAUGAUACCUGCUUCAUUUGUGCUGUAUGCCAUGUGAAUUUGGAAGGUCAGCCAUUCUACUCCAAGAAGGACAAGCCACUGUGCAAGAAGCAUGCCCAUGCCAUCAAUGUUUAAAAGAAGAGUUGGCAGUCAGUAAUGCUGGGGAAAAACAGAUGACUAACUGGGUAGUUUAUAAAGUUGAUAACCAUGGCUAGUAUUUCUCUUGGUAAAAGCCAGGAAGUUGAUACUUCUGAAGUUACUUAAUGGAAGUUUCUCUUUCGUAAAUGCACACCAUGCUUUUACAAAGUUCAUACAAAACCCUACUGAAUGAACAGUCAAAACCAAACAAACCAUUAUUAGAUCAACGGUUGGGGGGAAAUAUUGAAAUUAACUAAAAACUGUAAUAUAAAAAUUAAUGCACAAACACAAUUUCAAAUUAACUACCCACAGCAGAUUUACUGCUUAGACCACACACUAGUGUUUAAGAACAACUGGAAAAGUCCUUUUGUAGUAAGUCAUUUUCUUUCACAACAAGAAUGAGUACGUGCCACAUGUACAAUUAUCUGUAGAACCAAAGGCCAUAGCUUUCAAAGGGCAAUAAAUAGAUCACGGUUUCCUCUAUGGAAAGUGAGUGCUAUUCCGUUAUGUUGUGGUGCUACCUCAUAGCAUCAAAUAUUUUAGAUUCUUUCCAAAUAAGAAAUCUGCCUUGAAUCCAUAUGUUGUUGGGAAGCCUAGGACACAAUCCCUAACUUAGUUUGAAAUUAAGUGGAAACAGAAUAAUGCCUUUCAUAACCCAGUAAGAUUGAGAAAAGCAUGCUGGGUCAACUAUGAUAGUGCAUUUGGCUUAUACGUACACAGUAAAUUAGUUCACUUUCAAAUCAUAAUGGAAAAUGACAACUGACUUUCUCCAAAGUGCUUUCUUUGAAUGGAAUAGAGCUGGCUAGAAAGGCCAGUUUUUAAUUCAAAACCAGUUUUCCUUUUCUCUUGUGGAAAAAAUAUUCAAAGUUGCUUUAGUUUCUAAUUCCCACUGAUAUCAGUGGGAGGUAGAAAUCUACAUCUGGACCUUCACAUUGGUGAACACAGAAGACACACAUACAUCUAGCACAGCUAGGAAGUGGGAGAUAGCUUGCAAAACUUCCCUACUCUAUCACAUAUAGUUAGGAAAACGACAUCUUUUUUUUUAGCUAUGGUAAAUUAACAUUGAUUAAAAAUUCAUCAGGCAGCAUAACAUCACAGGCACAUACUCAUUAUUACUUUUGUUAGUUUAAAUGCAACACAUUCUGAAUUGUAGUAGUAUUGGCCAUUGUAAAACACUAGAUAGGCUGCAAUGAUUAGGAUAACCAUACAGUCAUCGUUUCUAAUGUUUUAAGAACAACUUUCAAGUUGUUCAAACAGUUAUUUAUAAAACUUUUUUUAUUUUUCAAAAGAGCAAUACUUGUAGUACUGAUAAUAAUUUUGAAUUUUAAAAUAUCACUGACUUUUGUAUCGGAGACAGCAGUUCUGUCUGACAGAAAUAGAGUUAAAAUGGAAAGUCUGAUCACUAUUCAAGUUUUACUGAUUUGUUUAAGUGAGAACUAUGUGUGUGUUGACAGCUUGCAGUACUGACAGUUUCGAAUUAGUAUUUCUGAGACCGAGGAUGCACUCUGUGGGUCACAUUCUGCACCCUAUUUCACCUUGUGUUUUGAGUAACAAGAAAUUAUGUAGCAUUGUCCAUUUUUUCCCUCCUACGCAUAAUGCCCAUUUUAAGAAAAUUGGUGUGUCUUUUCAGGGAUGAAAAACUACUUAAAGCUUAGGGGAGGAAUAAAAGAAAUUUGGAGUUCUAAUAUGAGAAUUCAGUUAGCUGCAGGCAGUCCGCAUCUUGGACAAAAAUAACAACCUGAACUGCCUGUGGCAGUUUUAACAUAUAUGACCUGUAUUUAUUCAGUAGGUAUCUUAGUUCUCACUGAUCUUAGCAGUGAUCUGAUCUGAGUGCUACAGCAUCAGAUUUUUGUAUGCAUGAAUUACUCUAAAACACUAGUACAUUAUAUGCAAAGCCUUUUUUUUCCUAUAGCAAGCACAUUUUGUGUUUUCAGUUGGUGCUGGGCUGGUGUGAAUAUGGUUCCAUUGAUUACAAAAUCCAAAGAUCCGUCUCACAAUAUUCUCUAGAGGAAUAAAUUGUAAUCAUGCAAGUUAAAUAUUUUUUCCCUCAUAUUUGACUUCAUUAAAUAGCUUUUCAUAACAGUGAGACAAUUUUAGAUUUCCUUUUAAUUUUUGAAUGUCAUUCAGCAAAAUGGUGUUUAUUAUUCUCUCUUAUUUAAGAGAAUUCAUAUCAGCAUAUUAUAUAUUAAGACUGCAUUGAAGAGAUUCUUUAGGCAGAUUUCUGUGUCACCCACUGACUGGGACUAGUCUCUUACUGUCAACAUCAAAACAGGGAGUCAGACUCCUUGGGAGGACACAAAAUGCUAGGGCAUAUCCCAAUGCCUCAGGAGAAUUUAAUGAAGUCUUUUGCCUCUAGUCUGCAUGUGUGUACAUGUGUGUCUCACUCUGCCUUCCCACCUCAGCAUCCUUAAAAGCUCCCUCUCCACUGGCAGUGUGAAGGAUAAAGCAUUUUAGGAGAUGGCCAGAGAUGGAGGGCUGCAGCUUGGGCAGGGGUACAGUCUGUGAAGAGAUGGUGGUAGGCAGCAUGGCUGGGGCUGUCUCUUCUUCCCGUUCACAGGGGGAGCCCAAAUUGCCAGCUGAAAUGGCCCAACUCCACCUUGCUGGGGUGGACAGGGGAGUGGGAGACAGGGGUCUCAGUGUGGGCAGGGGAAGGGAGGCUUGGAUCAGAGAAGGGAGAGCACCUGCAGCAGCCAGAAUGCAGGAGCUCUGGGGGCCUCUGGUGGAGUGUGAAAAGAUGAGGCAUUGAGAAGUCAGGAAGCCCUUACAGAAGCUGGGGUCAGAGGAGGGAGAAUAGUUAGGUAAGGCCAGUUUCACUAAGUUGACAUGUUAGAUAGUUGGGGUGGAGCAGAGGGGGAAGGGGGGAAUAGCCAGGAUGGCUCACUAGCCAGGGAAAGGGCUCGAAGCAAGAAAUUAGGGUACAAGCAGCUCACAGUAGUCCAGAAAGUAUGAAUAUUUAUAGAAGGGGUGAGCAAGGGGGAUACAGGAUCCAAUCUAGUAAAUUUGAAGUCAGUAAUGCAGAAAGGUGAUGCAAUGUAUGUAAGCAUAGCUGAGCUAGCUUGCGGAGUGGCAACAGUGAAAAUGCAGCAGCACGGUCUACAGUGGGAGCUGUACUAGCUUGAGAGAGUCCUGAAAAUUUCCUUUUCAGUGGGAGCCGUACUAACUUGAGAGAGUCCUGAAAAUUUCCUUGAGCAGAUAACCUGCACUGUAACACAUGCCCUGACUCUAGCUGGUGUCUGAGCAAGUGAGAUUAAAGCUAGUUUACAUAUCACUAUAGGAGGUACAGUGAUAUCUCUGAAUGAAGAACAGAGAUGCCCUGAGGAUGAUCAUGUAAUAAAUUUCCUGCUUUGACUUGUGCUGCUUCAUAAUGUGGUCCAAAAAUAGGGAAUCCACUUACCCACCCUUGAUAUCUGUACGAAGAUACAAUUUUUGCACAUAUCUGAACCAGAAAUUUGUGAAUAAUAAUGUAGUAUUUUAACUUUCACAGGGGUAGAAUACCUCCGUAACUGCUGAUACUCUUCUGCUACAUGUCACCUUUGUGAUAUGAACGGGGGGAAGAUGCAUAGAGAUAUAUAUAAUUCAGAAUAGGGCCUUUCAAAAUUAUCACUGAACAUAAACGCUGUACAAAAAUGUGCAAGAUGAAUAAUGUGUACUUGUUUAUGUUUUAUGUCUUGUAAUAGAUGCCUGGGACAAGUCCCAAGUUCCUCUAAAUAUUUCUUUUCAUUCUAAUUAACGUGGAGUUUUACAUAAUAAGACAAAGAUACUGUACCUCUGAAUGAUCAAAUAAAAAGACCAGUCUUUAAUUAAAAAGUGUUCAAUAACUUUUCAAGUCAAAGGCUUAAAAAAUUAUCGUAAUGCUUUUUCUCUUCUUUUCUGUUCUUUUUGCAGAGCAGGGUAAAUUAAAUGUUUCCAAAGCUGACUGUUUUUAUUAUCUGGCAAAAAAACACUCAUGACUUCUUUUUUUAGAAGUUAGUUUUUACUAUAUUGGAUUUACACAUUACACAUUUCUCAAAUCAAUUCAAAACAAGGAAAAACAUUUUGCUUUGGUCCUUCAGUGGUCAGUACUUUGGGUGAAAUGUUUUGUUAAAGAUUAUUUUUAUUUAUGUUUAAUAAUGUGAAUGUCCACAGCACUGCACACACUCACUAGUGUCUAAUGCUGGGCACACUAAUGUUUAUUUGCAAUACUUGUCUCCUGGUAGCAGGUAUUAAUUUGUUUAGUAUUUAUAAACAUCAGAAUUUGAAACUGAGUGAUUUCUUGCCUGCAGUGAUCAUAUUAGAAAUCUAGAUUUUAUAAUAUAUUGACAUGUUGACUUGAUGCCACAAGUGCCCUUGCUUUUAGAUAUAUAUUUUUUCCUAAGUUCCUAGUUAUUUCAGAAAAAGAAUGUUGUGUGGUUUAUGAGGUGUGAGUAACUACUUUGCAUGGAUUAUCUGUGCCAACAGGAAUAAAACAGUCUGGUAAUAAAAGCAAUGUACAAAUACAGUUAAAGCUUUAUGAUUGGGGCCUAUUUAUUAAUAUGGCAUGUGAACAGCUGACAGCUUUCAGCCAUGUAAUACUGAUAAGAAAGCAUACAUAAGCUUGUACUCUCUACUUCAGACCUGAAAAUAAAAAUUAAAAGUAUUGGUUUCAA